ACCAAAAUGGCGAACCUGCUGGGGGAGAGCGACCCGUUUGUUAUUUUCUGAGCAGGACGCGAGCCCCGCAAGUUUCCGCGACGCGCUCUCUACAUAGGCUGCACCGCAGGAAGCAGCGGGACGACGGUGGCUUCUGCUUCGGGCUCAUUUGUUUCCGUGGCUCGGGUCGCUGGUAUCAGCGGAGGCGACCGAAUGAGAGACUCAGGGGUUGUGGACCACCUGUCUGUCCAUCACAGAGCUCACCCCCAGCAGCAGCAGGAGGAGGCUGUGUCCUUGUCCCCCACAAGCCUCUCUGCUCGGGGAGAGUAUGGAGAUGACGACAUGUCAGGCAGGUUCACAGAGGGACAGGACGUCCUGGCCAGGUGGUCAGACGGAUUGUUCUACUUGGGGACAAUCACAAAGAUCGAUCCGGAGAAGCAGAGAUGCUUUGUUGUCUUUGAGGAUCGCUCUAAGUCAUGGGUCCUUUGGAAGGAUAUUCAGACUGGGGAUGAAGAUGAUGAUGACGAUGAAGACGAUGACAUUGUGUGCUCCAUAUGCCAGCAUGAGACUUCAGAGGAACCCAAUGAGAUUGUCAUUUGUGAUAAUUGUGGACAAGGUUAUCACCAGUUGUGCCACUCCCCCAUCAUUGAUGCCUCUGUCAUUGACUCAGAUGACAAGUGGCUGUGCUCAGAGUGUGAGCUGACUUCUAUGCCUAAGAGAGGGGGUGGACACAAGAGGGGGGCAUCUGCUCAAAGCUUCCUGCAGCCAGAGCAGCAGCAGCACAUGGAGCUGCACCUCUCCUUCCCCUAUGCCCUGGAAGAACUGGUGUGGGACCAAGGCCACAAGACUAACAUCCAACAGUGUUACUGCUACUGUGGAGGCACGGGAGACUGGUACCUGAAGAUGUUGCAGUGUAACAGGUGUCAGCAGUGGUUCCACGACGCAUGUCUCCAUUGCUUUGAGAUGCCCAUGCUCUACGGAGACAGGUUUUAUCGCUUUAUUUGUUCGGUCUGCAAUGGCGGACCAGAGUACCUCAGCCGACUGUCUCUCAGAUGGGAGGACGUCACACACUUGAGUCUGUACAACUUGAGUGUGAUCCACAAGAAGAAGUACUUUGACUCUGAGAUGGAGCUCAUGGCUUACAUCAAUGGUAACUGGGAGCUGCUGCAGCUUGGGGAGCUCGCCCACACACCAAAAUCAGAGCGAUAUGAAAGUGUUCUGGAGGCAUUAAACAACAACAGCAGCUUGUUUAUGUCUGGGAAGGAGGUAAAGAAGAAGAAGCAUUUGUUUGGUCUGAGGAUCCGCCUCCCUCCCGCUCCCCCCAACUCUGAUGAGUCAACCAGCCGAGUGAUGGAGAGGGCCUCACACGAAAUCACCAUUAAAGGCUGCAAGUCCAACAAAAUCCUGUCUGCCAUGAGAUCUAGCAGUACUUUAACCAAUGGCAGAGACCAGAAGAAGAAGAAGAAGAAAAAGAGGAAGCAUGGAGCACGUUCUCUGGAGAGACUAGCUAAACCACAACACUCCGGUGAACUCUUGCCCCAGCAAUUGAGAAGGCCUCUCCCACUCGAGCCUCAUGCAUUGGAUCACUUCACUUCUAUCAAGAGCGAAAGGUCUGCGCUGUCUUCAAGAACUUCAGACGUGGAAUCCAUAGGGGCCCUGAGCACCUCAGAAACUACCUCAACUAGCAUUUCAAGACAGUCCAGCCUCUGCAGCUCCAGCAAGAUGCGCACGACAGCCUGCAUCAUGCCUGUUUCCCCUCCCCCCAUAAAAAGGAAGCGUGGGCGACCUCGACGGGCCUUGCAGCCCCCUUACCCGGAAAUCCCCCCACCCAGCCAUGCAGACCCAGACCCCUGCUCGACAGUGAGGCUGAACUCCCUCCCAGGGCUUCACUCAACAGACAUAGUUCUUGGAAUGGACCCCAGCAGCCAGCUCUCCCACCUCAAGAGCUCCAUCAGCAGCUAUUUUGGUGCGGCAGGGCGGCUGGCUUGCGGGGAAAAGUACAAAGUCAUGGCCCGACGGGUCACCCUUGAUGGCAAGGUGCAGUACCUGGUCGAGUGGGAAGGAGUCACCGCCUCAUAGGCUUCUCAACAUCAUCAUAGUAACUUUUACCCAGCCCCUAUAAGAGCUGUGGUGAGGACAGCUCCACAGCCUGUAUUUGGAGCAUUAGCCUUUGUUUAGUUUAGACAGGAGCAAGUUUUGCCUGUUAAACUCACUGUAAAGCCUACUGGUUCUGUGCAGUGCAUUGUGAUUAUAGCACAUUUACACAUAUGUAUUUUGAUUACAGAUUAACGAUGAGGCAUUGUCCUCAUACUGCACCAUAUUUGUGUUAUUCUGCUAUUAAUUCUCAACUGCUUUGAAUGUUAACAGUGACCCCCCCAUUUCUUCAGGGGCUAGUAACUGAUCAGUGCACUGCACCUGUAGGCUUUCAGUGAAUCGUUAUGGGGCUUGAAUUUUCAUCCAGUGAUAUGCUUAUUAUUUCCAGACCUAUUAAGUAUAGAAAUGUACAAAAUGAACAAACUGAAAUGUUGGCCAGGCAUUUAAAUGGUCAAUCCUGGGUGAGAAGAGAGAGAGGGGAAGUUAUUAUUUUUUGACUAACACGCAAUGAGGAAUUAAACUUGUUUUGUUAAAAUUUAUUUUCUUAACUAAUUUGAGUAAAUUUUUUACAUCAGUACAGUCAUCAGUGUCCCCUCCUUCUCUAGUCUCAGCCGCAGGUACCUCUUGUUGCCAUGGGCCUAAAUCAGGAUGGAAGGAGUGCUCAAUUGUGAGUAGAGCAAGAGGUAAAACUAAAGAGGUGUGCUGCUGCAAAUGUUUUAUUAUGUGAAUUAUACAACAUUUAUUAUUACAUUUUCUACUUUUAUGUUCUCUUUUUUCCUUUUCAGGGGGCCACAGUUCUCUAAUUUUCUUCUUUUGUAUUAAUAGAUUGCACAUAUCAAAAUAUAUCUGUUAGGACAUCAUUUCAUUUUGAACAGUUGAGCUUUGUCCAGCCCCUUCAAGGCAGCAUUUAGCGUGCAAAUUUUGAAAAUAACAUGAUCAUUUCAGUUAACAAUUGUUCAGAAUCCGAUAUCUAAGAAGAUACCUGUUAAUCUGUGUGCGGUCGGACAACACUUUGUUUUCAAGGUAAACCUUUUGUUUAGAAACUUCAAUCUAAUUGUCUAAAUAAAUAUACUUUAAAAAAAUUCUCAUUUUUAAAAUUAAUAAUAUGCUUUAAUGUGGAAAUUCUCAAGGACCUAUUUAGCUUUUUUCUUUGUCUGAUAGUUAAUCAAAUAUAAAGUGCUGCAUAAGAUGAUUAUUAUUUACCCAGUUCCCAGAUCAAAAUCGUUUUGUGUUUUCUUUGUGCUGCCUAUGCAAGUUAGCUCUGGAGAAAUGUUUAGUUUCAUACUUUGACGAGAACUUCAAACUCAUUUUAGUAUUUUGAGCAUUAGACUCUGGCGUUUUGGAUUUGGUCAUGUGAUGAGUGCAACAGAAACUGUUCACCAUGUAGUCUACACACACUCAGGAUAUGCCCAUAGAAACGCGUUUCGAGCAGCAUUUGCAGCGUGACGGGAAGUUUUGAUGCGUUGUUUACUCUGUUUUAGGUCAGUAUUUUAACAUUUGGUUCAUCAGUUUGUCUGGACUGUCAUGUAUAAAUAAGUUGUAGUUCAUUUUCUCUGCUACACUUGUAAGAAAAUGUAUCACUGGAUAACUAAUAUGCUGUAUGUCACUGCAAGAGGUUAAUAUUCAGUUAGUAUGAUUCUUUUCUGUCUGAAAUGGACAGCUGUUUGAUGUUGACGCCUCUUUAAGCUCUUCUCCUGUGUGGAGUCCGUAUCUCGGCUGACUCUGCAGGCCUCUGCAGCCAAAGAAUCUUCUGUGUCUCUUGAGAUUCUUCUUGUUACAUUUUUUUACACACCAUCAUAUAGGUUGACAUGUUAUUUCCCAACCUGUUUUGUUAAAUAAAAAUAAAAACAGAUAUUUUUA